GGAUUAAUCGGACCAUUUGUUUUCCCCAAAUCGGAUCUGCCCACGCCUGUGUCUGCGCUCGUUCCUGCUGCGGCCUCCGGUAAUCUCUAGCCGAUCAUUUUCGCCUCCGGAGAGAAGAAAUACUGCGCCGCUGCUUCACGUGCCGUCGCCGCCUCUUUCACUUCCUUGUUUUGGAUUCCCGGAGCAAUGGAGGGUGUGAAGACAGAGGUGGGAAGUUUGGAAUCGUCGCUUCUACAGAUCGUCCAGGAACAUCAACGAAGGUCAAUUUGCAUCAGAGAGAAAACAGAUAAAGCUAAGAAGGAUGCUUUACAAACUGCUAUACGAGUUUCCGAGCUUCUGGUUGAGACUGUUAAUGGAAAAGUUGAAGGCACAUUUAUAAAUGAGAAACGAAUUGAACUUGAAAUUCGUGCUUUAGUUAGUACAAUUAUGCGUUAUAAAAAGCAAACAGACCAAUGGCUUGCAGCUUCCCAUGCAAUGAACACUGUUAUAAAGGUGCUCUAUCCUCACUGAAUUACAAAGAAAUUGGUGAUUUUGAGAACUGGAUGAAGAUCAUGGAUUUUGACUGUAAAACCAUAAAUGCAGCUAUUCGAAAUAUCCACCAGAUAUGAGCCAAGUGCCCCUACAACCGUCCCCAAAUGUUCGGGACCAUGUCAACAUUGAGGUUCCAAAACUCUACUAAUGUACAUUUCCUUAGACAAGAUCUUUCAGUUCUAAGCUGUAAACAAUUUGUGUUAUCUCCACUGUUAUUAUUUAACAUUGCAAUUGUUAAUCCCAAGUUUGUCAGAAAUGGUCUACGAUUGUGUUAUACCUAACAGCUAGCUUAAAAAAAAUAAACAAAUUUGUCACACAGACACACCAAAAA